CACAGAAGUGAACGUCAACACUACAUCGGAACAUGUGUUACCAAGCGAGAGUGUUACAAUAAGGUUUACAUCUGAUAGUUCUCAGAGUCUUCGAGGUUUCAAGCUUUCAUAUUCUAUCACAGGUUGCCGGAAGAUAACCGACACAUGCACAGGAAGGUCAAGUGUAAAGUUAAAUGCCACAUCAACAGAACAGUUCAUUACUUCACCAGGAUUUCCUGAUAACUACGCAGAUAAUCUGAACUGCUACUGGAUAAUUCGGAACACUGCUGUUUGCGGACUGAUACGUAUUGAUGUCAAAUACAUUGCAUUUGAAUGGAUGUUCGACAAACUUCGAUUUCGAUACGGUUCGGCAGGCAUCACAGAAGUGAACGUCAACACUACAUCGGAACAUGUGCUACCAAGCGAGAGUGUAACAAUAAGGUUUACAUCAGAUGAAUCUCACAGUCUUCCAGGUUUCAAGCUUUCAUAUUCUAUCACAGGCUGCACAUGUGUGAGCACAUCAGGUUUAGAUGUCAAAGCUACGUACACAAGGAAGUACAUCACCUCGCCUGGGUUCCCUCGUGCCUACCAUCACAACACCAUGUGCAGAUGGAAUAUCGCCACAUCAACUGCCUGUACUCUGCUACGGUUAGAAACAAUUGUUGUUGAGACUGAGGAUCGUUUGGACACCCCUACUAUAAAGUACGACGGAGGACUCCCAGAAAAGAUCUCAAACAAAACGUAUUAUAUCCCUAGUAACAGGUCAGUCCUACAAUUUAAAACGGAUGGAUCAGUAUCAAAACGAGGAUUCAACAUGUCAUACCAAGCUGAAGAUCUACACAUAGCUAAGAACUCUUCAGUAUUUGGAUGCAAAGACUCCCAGCUUCUAGCAGAGGCGAGGUCAAAAUACGUUUUCUCGUCGAACUACCCGGAAAACAGCAUGGAUACAGACUGUAACUGGAUGAUCUUUGCCGCUGAACCCUGCACUACGACAGGCACUGUCAAUGGCAGCAGAUUAUCGAUUGUAGUGGAGGAAUUCAAAUCCAACGGAUCUUCUCCCAUCGCUAUUUUUCAAGCUCAAUCAAGAGGUAGUAUAACUAUCCACGUGCCACAGGAAUCAAGUCUAGUUGGACAGCCAUUGGACUUUUAUGUUCUCGCAGAAGAAUUCGUUUUGAUUACAGUUCGCCACAUCGGAGAGAGCUCUGUAUUCAAACUCUCCUAUCAAAUAACGGAGCUUAAAGCUGAAACGGAACACCAAAGCGAUGAUACUUUACUGAUCGCUUUAGCCUCAACGAUUUGUAUUGUCUGCAUUGUCACUGUCAUUGUGCAUAUAGUAGUCCGUCUUUACUGCCGUAAAAGGUCCUCACAGACAAAACCGAGCGAUACCGUCAAAUUUCACAACGAAGGGAAAGUCAAAACAAAGCGACCAUACGUCGACAUGGGCAUACGAGAUCACAGCGAGAAUGGAAACCAACGAGAGACAAGUAGUACCGGUGACAUCUAUGAGGAUGUAGGCAACGCUGAAGAUCUUGGAGCUAACAAACAAGACUAUUAUUACAUAGAUACGCCUGGAGCAGAAAAUGAACAACAUAGUGACAUGUAUAUUAAUACUGAUACCAUCAAUGUCGACCAUGAACCAAGUGUUUCCAUCCGUAAUGAUGGCGAUGAAGAUGUGUACGAAGAAAUUGACAUUCCGUCUACAAGUCGCCUUAACAGUUGAGAGGGGUGUUCAGUGUUGUUUUUAAAAUAUAGUGUAUAUAAUUAUGAUUGCCAUACUUCCUGUAUGGAACCUAUUACCAUAUAGCGAAAGGUUUAGGACCAUUUUCCCAUUGCACUGGAAAUUUUCAUGUAUACAGUAGCAUCCCCCUUGGUAACAAUAAGAACGCUGCUGUUGAUUGAUUAUAUUUCUAUUAAAAAGUCCAACACGGUGUAUGUGUUGGUUUCUUAACAAAAUAACUUCUAAAAGCUAUAGGCACCUGGCACGGCAUUCCCCCCGGUCACAUUAUACUGACAACGGGUGAACCGGUUACGCCUUCCUAUUGAUGCUUUAUUGUAACUUUGUUGAAAUGUCAUAUAACGCUAUUUAAGCAUUCCUGUAUAUAAUAUUACUUAAACGUGUCUUAAUAUUUGUUUCUCAUGCUGUUGUCAGAAAUGUUAAGAGAAAGAUUCUUUCAUAAAAUAAUUACAUCUAGACAGUUGGUUUUCGCUUGAUGUGACUAAAUAGAUUAUCUUAAAUGAAAUGUUAUUGAAAAAUGAUGAUGUAUGUAAGAUUUUUUAUUGAGCAUUUAGAUUGCAUAUGAUUCAUACAAUAUACUAAUAUGAUUAUAUUUACAAAGUCGAAAAGUAUUUAAUGUUUUUGUAUCUAUUUCUUUUAUCUCACCUAGUCCGAAGCAGCUGUGUAGAGCAUCCUUGGACAACGGGUAGUCAAGUUUGGGUAAACAGAGAGUGUGCCCCCCCCACCCCCUUGGUGCAGAGGGGUUCAGCCCAAUAGGGGAAAUUCAGGUUUUUAACCAAAUUAGGUCCAGAGCAUCCUUUGGCAUAGGGAAUGUCAGGUUUAUAUAAGCAAAAGGUGUGGCUAUGGGGAGGGGCAGCAGGGCGGGGCACAAUACAGGAAUUUGAGGUUUAAAAAAAACUCCAUUUCAUGGAAGCAGAAAGGAGGAACCUAAUGUGGGACGGGUGUUGCUGAGAGACAGAGUCAAGAUUUGGAAAUAGUUGCAGUAUUAUAUGUAAUAAGAAUAAUGUUUAUGGUAAUACGGCAUUGGUUACAUGGAAAAAAAAUAGUUGGUUGGCUCGCCCCUUUGGAUCCUCUCAUAACAUGUGUAGAUAGAAGUAGUUUAUCCAUAGUCUUUGAUAAUCAAAUGCAAUAAUAUGUUAAAGUAUGUUUGUUUACUUUUCAAGGAACGAAAAUGGAAUAAGAUAUUUCAAAGUUUUCUUUUGCUUUUAUACUUAGAUAUUUGUUUAGAUAUAGAUAUUUGUAUAGAUAAAAAGCAUGUU